GUGAAGCUCUUCAUCAUCAAAGCCCUCAAGCUAGCAGCACUGUCUCUCCCAAGUUAAACUUUUCAGCAAUGAAACUCUUUAAUCGUUUCCGUAAGAUUCUCAUGCGACUGUUAUUUUCACUUCCCUCUCGUGGGUCCUCAGCUUCAUCAACAGGAAUGGCUAAUUCGGGGCCUAAAAAUUGUGACAAAUUUGAGCCACCAAAGACCUCAUGCAGCUCAUAUUACUCGUCUCACUCGCAUUACAACGAGGCCAUUGCUGACUGCAUUGAGUUCUUUAACAAGUCAUCCUCGCAGGAAGGGGUUUUGGAUGGUUGUAAUUCCGAUGUUAUGGUUUGA